AUGCGUGUUUCCAUUAAAGUAUCUACGAAGUUUUUAUAUUUGCUUAUCCUUAUAGAACUUUUACCAUUUACGUAUGGGGUCACGGAGCUCUCUUUCACGUCAGUUCACUUUCGUUCUAGUCCACGUUACCUUUCCAAUUUCACAAUCGAAAUCAUCAAUGGCACGAUUUACACCGAUUUUGACCUCAUUCGACGUUUGGUGCCUGGCCUUCGUUGUCGCUUGGAAUUUCAAUUACGCCUCGCUAAUGCCAAGUCUUAUCAGCCACUUUUUCACUUUGAUAUCGACGUUUGUAGCACCAUAGUAGCGCUCAAGGAUCACUUGCUAAAGAGUUGGUAUAAGAGCAUUUUGAAAUAUGGCAAUUUUAUGGAGAAUUGUCCAAUCAGCACAGAUCAUUAUUACAUGAAAGGUUGGAAGCUGCAGCAAGCAUUAAUACCUAAAUAUCUCUAUCCCGGUGAUUAUAAGAUUGUUGCAUUUUUCUAUUUUGGCCAGUACAAAAAGCUGGCAAUGAUGUUCGUUCUGGAGCUUGAGCUGGAGGCUACAGUGGUGUAA